ACCAACGGAAAUCCGAGCACAAGUUUGUACCUGGCGUUUAAGUCAAUAAAAGCUGCCGACCAAGAACAAUAAACACUUGAAUCCCGCCAUGUUGAAUCAUACAUCUAUGCAGUUUACCAAUGGGGUAAUAUAAGGGUUUUCUGACCAUGGAUCCUUGGAACAGCGCCCAGGAUGUUGUACGCUGCACCCUGUGUCGGGAUUCCGUGGCCCCCAUGUACUGCGAAAUUUGUCAUAUACAUCUGUGUAAAGACUGUGUAGAGAAACAUUUAUCCGAUUCCUCUAAGGUUCAUAAUGUGGUGUCACUUAAACAAUACUGUACCACCCUUACCUAUCCCAAGUGUUGUAAACACCCCACCAAACAAUGUGAGCUCCACUGUGAGGAUUGUGACAUUCCUGUCUGUACAAAAUGUAUUUCUUCUGGGAAACAUUUUGGACAUAAAUAUGUUGACAUUUUCAAACACUUUGUAGAGCAAAAAGAAGUUCUCCAACAAAAGUUAAAAGAACUAGAGCAAUCCAUAUUUCCAAAAUACAUAGAGAUUGCAUCAAACAUUCAAGUGCAGAAAGAUGAUUUAAGUAUAAACUCAAAGAAAUUGACGACAGCCAUCAACGAACAAGGAGAAGUCUGGCACAGAGAAAUAGACUCAAUUGUCACAAACCUGAAAUCUAACGUGGAAGAAAUGGAAUCCAAACACCGAGUCAUCUUAAAUAAACAGGGAGAUGAAAUCACACGCACUGUUUCUGAAAUCAAAGAGAGUAUAGUUGAUCUGAAGAAAACACUAAACUCGAGAGAUGUUUGUCUCAUCUCUAAGUACAUGUACAAAUCCAGGAAUGCAGAAUUGAGAAAACUGCCUUCCAUACUCAAAGUGUCUUUACCAAACUUUAUGCCUGAGAAAAUUGACAGAGAUCAACUGAUUAAAAUGUUUGGUUCUUUAUCAGCAUUAUUUUUUACAACAGAGGAACAGGACUACAGCAUGUCGAUGCAGGAAGCGGAGUCCGUUCCACCAGACUGGUCGCUGAUUGAUGUAGCCCGGGUCAUCACAACUGUACACACAAGUUGUGAAUAUCUAUACGGUGUGGCGUAUUUGAAUGAUACAGAAUUAUGGACGCGUGGAGUUGAUAACAUGAUGAACCUCUACAACCUCCAGGGGGAGCUAGUGAAGUCCAUCCAAACCAAGUCAAAGAACGCUCCACAGGACAUAGCAGUCACAAGGAGUGGGGAUCUACUUUAUACUGAUGGAAAAGAUAAAACCGUGAACAUAAUGAAGAAUACACAGAUACAGACAAUGAUCAGACUACAGGGGUGGAGUCCUCGUGGUAUAUGUAAUACCUCCUUUGGUGACCUCCUGGUUGUCAUGUACAGUGAUUAUGAUAAACAAACAAAAGUUGUGCGAUACUCUGGUUCUACAGAGAAACAAAGUAUUCAGUUCAAUGACAAAGGACACCCUAUCUAUUCAUCUGUUGGAUACAAAUACAUCAGUGAGAACAGGAACCUAGAUAUCUGUGUGUCAGAUGGUGGAGCUCGUGCAGUUGUGGUGGUCAAUCAGGCCGGGAAAUUCCGGUUUACCUACACUGGUCCUCCCUCAAAUACGAAGGGAUCAUUUGACCCAGUUGGCAUUGCAACAGACAGUCAGAGUCAGAUUCUGACAGCAGACCACAGCAACCACUGUAUUCACAUUCUUGAUCAAGACGGACAUUUCCUCUGCUUCAUUGACAACUGUUGUUUAGAAUAUCCAUGGGGUUUAUGUGUAGACAACAGAGACAACCUUUUUGUGACUGAGUGUGACAAAGGUGUAGUUAAGAAAAUACAAUAUUGCAUGUAAAUCAAUCACCAGCAUAAAUAAAUGUUAACAAAUUUAUUAAGUAUACAUAAAUAACUAAUGUGCGUAAAUAUAGCAUACAUGUAAAGAAACUACAUGUCAUCGUAGGGUAUAUAUUAGGUGCAUAUGUACACAUUGUGUAUGUUGAAGAUGAUUCACGCAUAAUCCAACUUACUUUAUUUAUUAUAUGGUAUACUAUAUACAGGUUCUUAUGUGUUUAAUCAUUGCAUGGCAUCAAUUUUUAUUUGUUUAAAUAUGAUAAUUGUGUUUGUAUGUAAACAACUUGUAUCUUGAUAAUAUACAUGUAAAGUGAAAGAGACUAUAUAUUAAUAUGUAAACAGUUGUUAUGUUCAUUUAUAGCAUCUUUAUCAGGUGACACUAUUUGUAUGAAUAUUAGAAAGAAACUACUGUUUUCUGUUAGAUGUAAAUUGAGUGACUGUAUAUUUUUAUGUGUAUACAGUUUGCUGAGUUUUUUUGACAAUUGAACACACUAUAUGCAAACUUCAUCAAACUUCAUGUUAUAUCUAAUAAUUACACAAUGAUUAAAGAACGUAUCACGCUCAAUUCGAGCAAUGGAACCUUACCACAAAAAGACUAAUGCAAUUGCUUAUAAAGAGAAGAGGUAUAGGUAUAUUAACCGAAUAAGAAUGUACAUUGACUGAACUGAUUGUUAUUACAUACCUUUUAAAUCUAGAUUUAGAUUUAUGCCAACAUCGUGUCCUCUGUUCUUACUUUAUAACAUCAUCAUCUGGAGUGUGUUGUACCUUAUCAUAAAGGUUGUAAACAAAGGAUUCUGAAAACUUAUUCAAAUAAUGAGAAUUUUUCAUAUCUAUAAUUGAUACUGCUUGUGAAAGUUUUAUGAGGACUUUUUCAAAAUAAAAACUUGGAAUAAAAAUCAAUGUAUUGUUUAUGA